GACAGCAGCGACGCUGCGACCGUGCGGCAACGAAACGAAACUACGACAUCGAUCUGGCGGCGGCUGGUUGACGGGCCUGUGCGAACGAAUUACGGAAAUAAACGCGUUGACGCGUAAUGUCGGUGGUGCUAGUGCAUUAAAAUAUACUGAAUAACGUUCUGUGCAUCUAGAUAUUAUAAUGUUACUUCGUUUAUGUGCUUAGUGUAAGAAAUAUAGCUACUCGCAAAAAGUGAAGUGAUUUGGUGUAGUGUUCUUAGGAAAACCUGACUUAACGCCUUUGGAGUCGACUGCCGAUUGUGCAUGGUGCCAAGAAGACAUCCUUUGGACUGCUAACAGAGAAAAGCUACAGGAGCGAUGGCGGACACUGCCACAGAGCCGCUGCCCAACGGCAACGCGGCGGCCGAGGAGGAGGAGAGAUUGAAGCAGCGUCCAGCAGACAUUGACGCUGAUGUCCGCGAAAUGGAGCGCCGCAAGCGCGUGGAAGCUCUCAUGUCCUCCAAACUGUUCCGUGAGGAGCUGGAGCGGGUGCUAGACCAGCAGAUGCACGAAGGAGGCGACGCGCCGCUGCUGCAGCGCAUACGGGAGAUGGUCGGCGGCAGGCUGCACACCGGUACCUUCAGGAGCCCCAGCUGCGUGCUUCCCAUCAACGACAUCCGUGGCAUCGAGGGCUUCGGCUACGAGAAGGGCGAGAAGAUCCUCCGCUGCAAGCUGGCGGCUUGCUACCGUCUGGUGGACCUGUUCGGGUGGACCCAGACCGGCAUCAACGGCCAAAUCACCGCCCGUCUCAACACUGCCGUAGAGCAAGUCCUGACCACUCCUCGCGGGCUACUCCCUCAUGAGGUCACCGCCUCCUCGCUGGUGAAGGUCGACAUGCAGGGAGUGGUGCAGGACCAGGGGACCACCAACUUCCCCGUGAACGUUGAAGGUUUCUCCCUGCACGCGUCGGUGCACGCGGCGCGGCCGGACCUGCGCUGCGUGCUGCACGUGCGCUCGCCGGGCGCGCUCGCCGUGUCCAGCUCCCGCCGCGGCCUGCUGCCGCUCGGCCACGAGGCGGCGCUGCUGGGACCGCUCGCCUACCACAGCGUGCCGCCCGGUCUCUUGGACAACGAGGAGCACGAGAAGAUGGUUCGCGCCCUCGGACCCUCGGCCAAGGUGCUCAUGCUGACCGGCGCCGGGGCCCUUUGCUGCGGAGCGUCACUCGAGGAGGCCUUCCACCACGCCAGGCAGCUGACCGCCGCUUGUGAGGUCCAACUGCGCCUGGCCGGUGUUCCUCAGGAUGACCUGCAUCUGCUGGAUGAGGAGACUAGGCACAAGAUCUACUCGCAGUCCCGCUCGGCGCCGGCCGGCGACGGGAAGUGGCGCGUGGGCGGGGAGGAGUUCGAGGCGCUCAUGCGCAUGCUGGACAACGCCGGCUUCCGCACCGGGUACAUCUACCGCCACCCGCUCAUCAAGAACGAAGUGCCGAAACCCAAGAACGAUGUGGAAGUGCCGCCGGCCGUGUCCUCUCUGGGAUAUCUGCUUGAAGAAGAGGAACUGUACCGACAAGGAAUCUGGAAGAGGGGCAGCGGCAAGGUCGGCGAGCGCACGCGCUGGCUCAACUCCCCCAACGUCUACCAGAAGGUCGAGGUCCUCGAGACCGGCACCAACGACCCCAAGAAGAUCACCAAGUGGGUCGACGCUAACAACGAAGAGUGGGUGCAAGAUGGCUCGCCCGCGCACUCGAGCACGCCCGUCAAAAUUGACACGCUACAGUUUGUGCCUAAGAACACCAACCCUAAGGAGUUCAAGGCACUCCAGCAGCAGAUCAAGGACAAUCGCCGCGCAGAUAAGAUCAGCGCCGGACCUCAGUCUCAUAUCCUCGAGGGCGUCACUUGGGACGAGGCUAGUAAACUGGUAGGCGAAGAUGCCGUCAACACACACACCGGGGACCAUGUGGUCCUAAUGGGCGCAGCGUCCAAGGGCAUCAUCCAGCGCGGACACCAGCACAACGCGACCAUGUACAGCGCACCGUAUGCGCGCAACCCGUUCGAGCACGUCACCGACAGCGACAUCGACGAAUAUAAGCGUCAGGUGGAGCGCCGCGCCCGCCCCGACUACGACACGGAUCUGUCCGAAUCCGAGGCCAUCAGCGCCGCGCAGAUCACGUCGCCGGCCAGCGCCACCGAGACCGAGGAGGAAUCGCGGGACGAGCACCGCGUCUUAAGAAUAGAGACGAAGCAAGUGCCGGUGAGAAGUCAGCCAGAGGUCGUGUUGAGCGAUGGUAUAGAGAACCUCAAAAACCGUUGCACGUACUUGGUAAACAAGGCGAAGGGCACGCUCCACAGAAGGCCCAGCAAAAAAACGGGCAAAGCUUUUAACCGGUUUAGCAACGGCGAGCACACCGUCAACGGGGACCACUCCGACGCCCACCAGAGUACUUUCUCGCACAGCAGUAAAGAGGGCUCUCCAUCGAAGGAGGUGUCGACAGAGGAGACCCCUAAGAAGGACAAGAAGAAGAAGAAGGGGCUGCGGACGCCGUCUUUCCUCAAGAAGAAGAAGGAAAAGAAGAAGGACAAGGCGCAGCCCGCCUAGAGAGAUAAAAUUACUACAAAUCACUGCCAUCUCGCUUUCAAGAUACCUACUUGUAAUUUUUUAAAGUAAGGCGCGAGCCUGCCGGCAUUGUGAGUGGCUUCCGCUUCAGAGGGCUCUACGAUUCUCCCGAACUAAUAUUUUCAAUUACACACAUCACCCAAAAGGUAUUGAAAUUUGACAUUUUCUGAAUAGCAUUUGGGCUUAUAAAUGCACCAUGAGAUGAAAAAUGUAACAAGUGCGAAACCGGUAUUUUUCACAGAAACCUAACGAAAAAUCCGGUUCGUCAUUCCUUUACAUUAGACAAACCGGUUAAACUAGCCUUGGAUUGGUGCUAAAAUAAAAAUGUCAGACUUUUUUAAUAAUACUGCGGUGAAUGUGUGUCCUACUCGAUUAUGAUUGUCUCGUAAUAAAUAACCAUACUUUGCACACGGUCCAACAAACAACUGGUUUGUUCUGGUUGUCAAAAGAUUAUUGACGAUGCUCGUCUUAAAUAUUUGGAAAUGGUUAACCUAUUUGCUGUUUGGACAGGGUUAAGUUUCAAAAGACUAUAAAAUUCGUUAUAUCGGUAUUUUGAGAUUAUAAAAACCUUUGAGGCGAUAUUAGGUUUAAACUUGUGAAUGUUGUGUUCGGGAGCAAUCGUGUGACAGUUUUGACGUAUAGUAUGAACAAUUUGACAAUAAAGUAUUUGGUUUGAGCGUACAAAGUUCAAUAUUUACUUUGUUGUUGCUGGCAAAAAGCUUGUGAAAAAUGGGAUAUAACUAACACUGCCUAAAAAUAAAUGUCAAAUUGUUUUGACUAGACCCAUGACUUGUGUAAAGAUAUGUCGUGUUUUGACAGUAGAACAACUGAUAUCGACAAUUGUCAAUCCUGGCAACAGUUGUAUGAGAGAGGACACUCGCGACUUUUGCAAACAGGCUUGACAUAUGUCAAAACGUCAGUGAUACAUGAAGCAAAAUCGGUAGAAAAAAACCGGUUUUGUACACAGCGACAUCUAUGUUUACAGAAGUGAACUUAAAGCCCGAUGUUUAAUUUAUUUGGACAAUUUAAUUUGACAAAAUUUCACUUGCCAACUAUGGUCCUUUUUUGAUGUGGUUUGAAGAACAAUAAUAUUUUUUUAAUUAUUUAAAACAUUUUAUUUACUAUCGCACUUCCCAGCCAUGUUUAAAUUAGAGAAUACAGAUCGGUAAAACUUAUAGAAAUUACUGGUAAACCGGUAAAUAACCGGAAUUUCUUAUACUAAAUAUUUACCGGUUGCAUUCCCUAGUUUAAAUAUAUCCCAGCAGUCUAAAUAUAUAUACAUCUUCCCGACAUCUUAGAAUUAUAUACAUAUUAUAUAUAUUCGGGAACGAUGAAAUAUUUGGGGCAACGCUUAGAUAUUUCCAUGGCUGUAAUUUAAGAAAUACAGUAAUAUAUUAUGACUAUGGCAUUCGCCUUGUAACCCACCGUUAUUACUAAAGUGCAAUAAAAUAUGUAUAUGUAAAAUGUAUUUUUAAAAGAUAUAUUUUUAUCAUAAUUGUUAUUUUAAUUUAAAUAUUUUUCUCAUAUUAGAUUGAUAUGCAUGAAAUAAGCAUGUGAUUUUAAUGGACUGUGUGCCUUUACUUGACGUAUAUAACUAAUGCGGAACCGCACGCCGCUCCGUUGUGUGACAGAGCCAACGCUAUUGACGUUCACCGGAGCGGCCUCGACGUAACUAUCACUUGACGUAAAUAUCCUUCACACACUUGACGUAAAUAUCCUUUAUUUUUUUAUUAUAAUUAUUGUUCUUCGAACCAAUCGUUUUGGUGCGUAUCGGGCAUGUAAUGCUUUUCGUGUUAGGGGGCCACCUUUCUUUAUUUCGGCCCUACGCCACUUGUGCUUUUAAAAAUAAUUAUGAAUAUUUUAUGUAUAACUAUGUGGGUGGAUUCGACAAAAUAUAUCGACAAAUAAUGGAUAAAGACAAUAUUCAUGGUGACUGAUAACAGUAUCAAAAAUAGGGGUAAAUAUAAUUCAGACUACUCUCUGGAUUAAAAAAAGUUCAGAUAUUUUUAACACGUUAUCUGUACCUUUAUAUUUGCAGUUGCCUAUUACAAAAAAAAAAGAACUCAAAUCUAUUUCAGUAAAUAACUUGAAAAAACGCGGCGUACAUGAGCCUUUUUUACAUUUUAAAUUGUUUUGUUAUUGUUAUAAUAGAUGGCGUUACUGGUACAUAAAUUAGAGAGGCUUUAGGAUUGUGUAUUUGGUGUUUGAGAUGGUAAUAAAAACUCGAGCAGUAUUUUCGUUGAUUGUAACAAUACUUAAAUAUAAGAAACACAACUAUCGAUUAAGAGAGAGGCAGUUGUGCGUCAAAAUUAUGGGUAAAGUAAUUGUGUGCAUUUAGAGCGUUUUUUUAAAGUAAAACUACUGGUUGUAAUGUUUUAACUGCCCGCAUAGUUAUACAUUAUUAUUAGGUAAUCAAACAAAAUAUUAUAAUGUAUGUUAGCUACUUAUGUAAAGUUAAGUAUACUCGCCUACACCUUUUUUAAAUUAUUUCCAGUUAAUUGGGACGUAACUAUUAUUUUGACAGGUUUUAGGGUUCCUCAAAUGUCACAAAUAAUGUAAAAGGCUGGACCGUGUCAGGAUAAUCAUAAUCGACGCCAACGACGGAUUAAUCCGUCACAUACCACAGAGCAACAUAGACCUACGUGCAUUUGCUUAAAGUUCAACUUCAGUUUUGACAUUUCGGUGACGUGGCGUCCGAGUGACAGCUUUUGUGUUUAUUGACACGGCGUCCAAAAGGUACUGCUUUCUAUGUUAACUUGUAGCAUUGACCAGAUAUUCGAACUUCAACAUCGCUGGUUGUGAUAUGAAUAAUAAAAACUACAAAAGACUUACUAACUAGUAGUUUAUAAAUGCAAGAGAAUUCCUGAAUCAUGUGACGUCCCUUUCACCGUCAUAAGGUACCUUGGACGUGGAACGACACAUAUAGGCCACGAAAUGCUGACAUAUGUUCCACAAUUUGAGGGUUCAUAGACGACAUAUCUCGUCAAAUUCAAUAUCAGUCCAGUGUCCAGGUUAAAAUGUCAGUCCAGCCUAACCCACUCAGGUGCAGAACCCUAAAACAUUUGCUUGCUAUAAGUACAACAAGAGAUUGUACAUUUUGUUGUAAGGAGAUCAUUUAAAGCUAUAUUUUUUAUUAUUUUUAUUUUUUAAGGACAGUAUGAAUAUUUGAAAGAAAAUAUGACAAACAUGGCAUUUACAGCUAAAUCGUAAUAUAUUUUAAGAUUUAUUUUUGUAUUACUUAUUAAGUUAAUAUUAUAAUUAUGAAUCAAUUUCAUUAGUACAUUUUAGUGCAUGCUUCGUCAGAGAAUUGUUUUUAAUUUCGUAAACCGGUUUUGUUGUAUUGAUUGAAAAUUAACCGGUUUAAGUUUGCAUGAAAACCGGUUUUUAUUAACAUUUAAUUUGGAGGCAUUACAAGGGUUUUGUUUUAUGUCGUGAUAUUUUAUGUAGUCUCGAGAUUUUGUUGCUAUCAUUACGUAAAAUUGACCACGAUAAAACCUUAGCUCGGUGAAAUAAGAAUUACGUAUCAGUUAGAUUCGACAAUAGUACAUUAGUGAUUUAAAAAAUAUGAGGAAAAUACUUGCGAUAUUCCUAUAAGAACAAUUCAGAUAUUCAUACUGUCAGAAAAUCAAUUUGACAUUACCUAGAUGGAUCUAGAGUUUGUAAUAUGACAAGUUGGUUGAUGUUAAGGUGCUACAUGCACCAGGUAUGUGUAAAGUUGACUUGAGGGCGCCAUUUUUAGUUUUUUUAAACCGGUUAAAUAUCACUAAAGUAAAUCUUGUUACUGAUAAUAACAUGAUUAUUGAAUUAUAUAAAAAAUACUGAUAAAUUACUUUUUUUAAUGUAGUUAUUAUAUUAUUUACUAAUAAGAUGUACCUUUAGUUCUUUGUGACGUAUUUGCAUAUUUUUUUGUUAUGUAUAUGACAACUUAAAAAUGGCGCUCUCGACGAAACUGUAGUUUAAAAAUCGACACCGGCAUUGCAAUUUUAUUGUACUUUUAAUGAAAUAAAUUAUUAGUUUAAA